UCACAAAAACCGCAAGUGGGUGGAUUAAAUUGGUCCUAAAUAUCUGUAUUUAUUUAUUUAUUUAUUUUUUUUGUUUUGUUAAAAGAAGAAGCUAGAUGGGCCUGAGCGUGAACCACAAGGAGGAGGACAAGCAAGAAGAAGGGGAAAAAAAAAAAAAAAAAAAAAUGCCAUAAAAGAUUUGCGGGUAAACCAAGCAAGCCAAUCUCCAUUGUUCAUAUUAUCUAAAUUCCUGCACAGAAAAUAUGACAAUCCACACAGACUCCACAGUGAAACAAUUCCAAUCCCAAUGACAUUUGCGAUAAAUGAGUAUGAGCCAUCUCUAAUCUUCUGCACAGCUUCAGAGAGAGAGAGCGACAGAAGGGGUCAGACCUAAUGGUUCGAACAGCAGCCCGAAAUCAGGACAGAGCUGGGACCUUCUUCUUGGCUACACUGGUGCUGUGGUUUGUCUCCGUUUGGUUCGAAAUACUCUUCAAUAGGCGCUACCAGCUGCUUUCCAUCGUCGCCGGUUGUUGCUUUUUCCAGUCGGCCAACUGGGUCAUCCGCCGUUUCGCUUCUCGUGACCCUCUCUUUGUCAACACCUCCGUUUCCCUCCUCCACUCCACCAUAACAUCCGCUUCAGUGGUUCUUAUUUUGGUUAACCAGUGGUUAAGAAAUGGUUCAACUAGGAUGUUUGAACACUCGGAGUUGUUUGGUGGUACUUGGCCCUGGGCGUACCCAGCUCUGUGCUUCUCAUGUGGUUACUUUGCAUAUGACCAAUGGGAUAUGUUGCAGUAUCGAUUAUACAAUGGUUGGAUUCCAUCCAUUCUGUUACACCAUCUGAUACUCCUCAUCUGCUUUACCCUUGCAUUGUAUAGAAAUGUCACCAUCAACUAUCUUAUUCUCACUCUCAUUUGUGAGCUGCAUUCUAUCUUUCUUCACAUGAGGAAAGUGCGAAGGAUGACUGGUGUUCGUGACGCAAAGAGCAUAAUUGUCAAGGUGGAAUGGAUUCUUAACUGGUUAACCUUCAUUUUAGCAAGGUUUACAUCUCAUGUUCUCAUCACUGCCAAACUCAUUCUCGAUGCUCCAAAUUUCGGAAAGGGUGUGGAGCUGCCGCUGGCGCUGUUAGGAAUGGCUGGGAUGAACUUACUUAAUGUUUUUCUCGGUAUCGAUCUCUUCCAUGCUUUCAGGAGAGAAAAAAACCCUCAGCAACAUGGUCUUCACCGUGAAUGACAUACCUGAGUUCCUGAAGUUAAACAAUUUAUUUAAAUUUUAUCAUUUGUUUCAUUGAUAGGUUCAAAAGUUGUUAGAAUGAAAAUCAUUCAAGAUAGAAAUUUAACCUUGUGAAAAGAAAUGUAAUAGUGAAUGAAAACAUGGCUUGUUGCCAUUAGUUGGAACUUGGAAGUUACUGAUUAGUUGACAACCUAUAAAAUUUACAUAUUGCCCCGAAAAUGUAAAUCAUGUUACUUUGUUUCUGC